CGACUUCAGUCACAUGUCUGCAGAACCCGAGUCUGUUAGCAGACGGAACUAGCCACCUAGCUACUCAGCCUUUUUUUUUUACUUGACAUUUUAUCAAACAAGAGUCAUUUGCACGAAUAUUAUUGAUCUAGUCAUUUCUGAUUUUCUUGUCAAUAUGUAAGUUUAUCAACUUGAUCGGGUCAAGACUAGUAAUGGGGAUGAUGGAUAUGGAACUUGCUAGCUCGCUUCGUUAGCAUUUUGUGUGUGUCUGUUAACGCUAACUCAGCUAGCUGGAUAGACGAAUUUAUUUUUGUGAUUAAUGUUUGGAUUUAACUUGCUUGGAUGUCAUGGCUUCAACGAAAUGACAGGAAUUACCUUCAAGUCACCAAAUACGGAUUAAAUAAACGGUUUGAUCGGCCGGGUGGUGGAGAGAGGAGACAUGGUAUUGUAGUUGUGCCUUGUAACGUUGCUCAACGUGACAGUGUGUUUUUAUUUUUAUUGUCAUACUGAUUGGCUAAGUAAACAUUAGCAUAUAGCUAACAGGAAAGCUCCACAAUGCAUGACGCUUACGAACCGGUACCUAUCCUGGAGAAACUGCCUCUCCAGAUUGACUGUCUUGCGGCCUGGGAGGACUGGCUUCUAGUUGGGACCAAACCAGGCCAUCUGCUGCUCUACAGAAUCAAAAAGGAUGCAGGUACCAACAGGUUUGAGGUGACUCUGGAGAAAUCCAACAAGAACUUCUCCAAGAAGAUCCAGCAGCUCUUCAUUGUCUCACAGUACAAGAUCCUCAUCAGUCUACUGGAGAACAACAUCCAUGUCCACGACCUAUUGACCUUUCAGCAGAUUACUGUGGUCUCCAAGGCCAAAGGGGCAACGCUCUUCGCCUGUGACCUGCAGCUGUCCCCUUCAGGGGAGGCCCAGCUGAGGAUGUGUGUUGCGGUGAAGAAGAAGCUUCAGCUGUACUACUGGAAGGACAGGGAGUUCUAUGAGCUACAGGGGGACUUUUCUGCUCCAGACAUCCCGAAGUCCAUGGCCUGGUGUGAGAACUCUAUCUGUGUAGGCUUCAAGAGAGACUACUACCUCAUCCGGAUGGAUGGGCGUGGCUCCAUCAAGGAGCUCUUCCCCACGGGGAAGCAGCUGGAGCCCCUGGUGGUACCCCUGGCUGAUGGGAAGGUGGCGGUGGGCCAGGAUGACCUCACGGUGGUGCUCAACGAGGAGGGGGUCUGCACUCAGAAGUGUGCCCUCAACUGGACCGACAUCCCCAUUGAUAUGGAACAUCAGCCCCCCUACAUCAUAGCUGUCCUGCCUCGCUAUGUGGAGAUCAGGACCUUUGAACCCAGACUGCUGGUCCAGAGUGUGGAGCUACAGAGACCACGAUUCAUCACCUCAGCUGGGCCUAAUAUAGUGUACGUUGCCAGCAACCAUUUUGUCUGGCGCCUGGUGCCUGUGUCCAUCGCCAGUCAGAUCAGACAGUUACUACAGGACAAGCAGUUUGAACUGGCCCUGCAACUGGCGAAUAUGAAGGAUGAUGUGGAAGGAGAUAAGAGACAGCAGAUUCACCACAUCCAGAAUCUCUAUGCCUUCAAUCUGUUCUGUCAGAAGAGGUUCGAUGACUCCAUGCAGGUGUUCGCUAAGCUCGGCACAGAUCCCACCCAUGUGAUUGGUCUGUAUCCAGACCUGCUCCCCGCUGACUACCGUAAACAGCUGCACUACCCCAACCCCCUGCCCAGUCUGUCUGGAGCAGAACUGGAGAAGGCUCACCUGGCGCUCAUAGACUACCUGACACAGAAACGCAGCCACCUGGUGAAGCAGCUGAACGACUCCGAGCCGUCCACCCCGUCUCCCCUCAUGGAAGGGACUCCCACCAUCAAGAGCAGGAAGAAACUCCUGCAGAUCAUCGACACCACGCUGCUCAAAUGCUACCUGCAUACCAACGUGGCCCUGGUGUCCCCUCUGUUGCGUCUGGAUAAUAACCACUGUCACAUCGAGGAGAGUGAGUACAUCCUGAAGAAGGCCCACAAGUACAGCGAGCUCAUCAUCCUCUAUGAGAAGAAGGGCCUGCAUCAGAAAGCCCUACAAGUGUUGUUGGACCAGUCCACCAAGGCGAACUCUCCCCUAAAGGGGCACGAGAGGACCGUGCAGUACCUCCAGAGACUGGGGAUGGAGAAUCUAGGCAUCAUCUUUGAGUUCUCUCCCUGGGUGUUGAAGAUCUGUCCUGAAGACGGACUGAAGAUCUUCACUGAGGACCUGACGGAGGUAGAGACCCUGCCCAGAGACAAGGUCCUGAACUUCCUGAAGGAGGGCUUUAAGGAGCUGACUAUCCCCUACCUGGAGCACAUUGUACACGUCUGGGAGGAGACGGAGCCAGAGUUCCAUAACGUCCUCAUUCAGCUGUACCUGGAGAGGGUCCAGGGGCUCAUGAAGCAGUACCUCAACUCCCUGCCCGAGGGGGUUCCUGCAGUGGCUGCUGGGAAGGAGGAGGGGGACCUGGGAGAGUUCAGGAGCAAGCUCGUGUGUUUCCUGGAGGUCUCUACCAGCUACGAACCAGGCCGACUUAUCUCUGACUUCCCCUUCGAUGGUCUUCUGGAGGAGAGGGCCCUGCUGCUGGGUCGGAUGGGGAAACAUGAACAGGCCCUCUUCAUUUACGUACACGUCCUGAAGGACACACACAUGGCCAAGGAGUACUGUCACCGGCAUUAUGACAAAGACACAGACAGAAACAAAGAUGUGUACCUGUCUCUGCUGCGCAUGUAUUUGUCCCCUCCUGAUGUCCACUGCCUUGGACCAAUCAAAAUGGAGCUGUCGGAGCCACAGGCCAAUCUAAAGGCAGCUCUACAUGUCCUGGAGCUGCACCACAGCAAGCUGAAUACCGCGAAGGUAGAAUGCACCACAGCACUCUGAAUACCAAUAAGGUAG